AUGUUGCGUCGCAGACUGGAUGAAGAAGUUGCACAGAAAGUUCAGCUUAAUGCGGAAUUGGAAGAAACUCAGCGCGUUCUUAAUGAAUGCAGGAUAAAAGUAGACGAGGAGGUUGCCAGCAAAAUUGAGCGCGAAGACAUUAUCAAAGUUUUGCAAACCACAAUUGUACAGCUUCAGAGUAGCGAUGAUUUUAGUAGUCUUAGUAGUCUUGGAUCAAGUGUAAUUAAUGAACAAACUUUGGUUUCUUCGCUGCAUGAGAAAGAGGAACUCAUUGAGGCACUUAAAAAGCAGUUAGAAGAAGCUGAGGGACGGUAUGAAAAGGAGCAUAAGGAGGUACUGGAUUUAGAAGAAAUAGUAAAAAUCCUUCAUGAAUACGUUCAAAAUGAUCAGCAAACGCAUGUGGAAUAA